UCCAAUCCCUCAAAAAAAAAAAUAUACAACUUUCUUCGGAUUCUUCGUUUCCCGCUUCUUCUCUCUGGCCCUAAUCCUCUGCCCACAGUUUCCUUCAAUUCUCCUCCAAAUCUUUGCCUCUCACGUUUCUCCAAAUCUUCGAUCGGUUUCUUCAACUCCAACGCAGAUCUGAGGAGUUCGGCUUCAGGUUGAGCAGUGUGGAGUAGAUAUGGAAUCUGGGAGCUUCAAUUUGUUGUGUAAUUGAUUUCAUCGUUUGCAAAUUAUGGCUGAUUACUUUCCUCUUAAUCCUGCGGCUGAGUUCGGUCUCCGCAGCACUGUAGAACUGCAGAAAGCUUGGCAUCUAUGUACGAUACUACUGGAUAUUGGUCGCCCUGCUUCUGUAGAAGAACUCGCUGCGAGAUGCGAAUUGUUCAGUGCUACACCGGAUUUUGUUCGAUAUCUAUGCUCCAUUCCCAGUUCUCCUGUCUGUCUAGCCGAUAAUGCUCUUGUUUUGAUCUCCAUGGUUGCAAUCGCAGCUGUGGGGCGGUACUUUUCGAAGGCAGUGACUGGGUGCGACUUUUUGAGACGGGAUUUCGGACUUCUGGAGCCAAAUAGGUUGUGGGGUAGCGAUGUUAAAACCUACUUUAGGAAACGGAAAAGAUCAGUGUUUGAUUGUGGAGUGUCUGUUGCUGCUAAACGGAUGUUAACUUCAGCUCCUGGAAAUGGGAAUGGAAGUUGCUUGUCAUUAAUGAGAAGGAUUCCGCAUAGUUUGGCUGAGGUACCUGCUGACUAUGUAACUCUCACCAGUUCAAGUUCACUGACAGUUGAUUUGCCUGUUGGGAAACUCGGAAUUGGACAUUCGGAUGUUAAAAUUGAUGAAGUUCCCUUGUUUCUUGAUUAUGCUGAUUUUCCGAACCUUUUGAUAAAUUAUGCUGGACGAAUGGGAGCUGAUGAUGUUGUUCAAACAAAUGGAGCUACGAACCAAGAUGAUGCCGGGCCUGCAAGUGAAAAUGGACAUGAUUGUGACAUGCAAAAAGUCCAAAAAAACUCGAGUAUACCAAAUUCAAGGCACACAGAGAGAGGAUUUUCAUGUAACCUCGAUCUUUCUUUGGGUCCACCAUGUAGCUCCACUUACACACUUCCUCAUGACAAAGUUCUUGAUAAAAACAAUAUAUUGGCCUAUAAAUCAGGAAACACCUCUGCGUUGUGCUUUGGAGAUGAUAUGCAGCCUUAUGAUCUUUUGGGAUGGAAGCCAGAAGAUGACAAAAACAAGAUGUGCGAGACAAAAAAUUGUUCCGAGUAUACUAGAACAACAGAGAACCAUAUUGUUCACUUGGAAGGGCAUGCAGUUACUGAUGAAGCAGAAAGAAACUUUCUAGACUUGAGAAACCCAGUAACUAUAUCAUACAUGAAUGGAGAUGACAUAUCCAGGAAAGACGAAAUUCAAAUUCCCAAUUCGUUACCUGACCAAUCGUUUAAUCAGAAGCCACCUGUAAAGACCUUUGGGGAACUUAAAGGAUCACAAAAAUGCACUCUAUCUCAAGAGGAAGUUCUCAUGGCGCCAGCAAUCAAUAAGGAGGGUUUUUACCCCCCUCCUGAACAGCAAAACCGUUACAACAGUGUCCAUAAGCAGUCCAAGGUGCAUAAGUUUAAGAAGAAUUCAAAUGAGAAUGUGCGUAUUAAGGAGAAUCCUUUGGAUUCUACCACUGCAUCUCUGAAGUUGGAGAAAACAUCAUUUCCUCAGUUUGAGUCUUUCAUCAUUGAGGAAGAAGAAGGUUCUGGUGGCUAUGGAACUGUUUACAGGGCUCGAAGAACAAGUGACGGGAAACGGAUAGCUAUCAAAUGUCCCCAUGUCAAUGCUCACAAGCACAAUGUUAACAAUGAGCUAAAAAUGCUUGAACGGUUUGGAGGAAGGAACUUCAUAAUCAAGUAUGAAGGGUCCUUUAGUAGUGGCAACAGCGAGUGCUUUAUUCUAGAACAUGUUGAACAUGACCGACCCGAGGUUUUGAAGAAAGAAAUUGAUUUAGUUCAGCUACAGUGGUACGGUUACUGCUUGUUUAAGGCCUUAGAAUGUUUACAUAAGCAGGGAGUCAUGCACAGAGAUGUUAAGCCUGGUAACUUCCUGUUCUCUAGGAAGCAGAACAAAGGCUACCUCAUUGAUUUUAACCUUGCCAUGGAUUUACAGCAGAAGUACUCCAUGGCCAGUAAAUCAACUUCAAGCCAUCAUGCAUCUUUGGAUCAUGUUCCUGUCUCUCAUGCUGUGUCAGCAGUGAAGGACAAAAAGAACUUCAGGAGUUUUGUAUCUCUCAGCAAGGGGGAAACAGGAACAUCUAAGCAGAUUAGCGAACAUGAUAAGAACUUGAAAAGGAGAAGUUGCGUACCCUUGAAAAAUUAUCCAGAUAUGGGUGGUGGGAAUGCAAUUCGAAGCCAGGGUGCAGAUGGAUCUGGUAUAACCUCUGCAAAGGAUGUAACAAGUGCUAGGACGCCUUCCACAGAAACUAAGAGGGAGCCUCUUCCAUGUCAAGGAAGAAAGGAACUGCUAAGUUUGGUGCAAAAUGCAUUACGCAGUGCUGACCAUGUCACCCAAAAUAGUUCUGAUUUACGACGGAAAAGGAUAGCCGCUCCUCCAGGCAAGGAAGACAACAAAAUUAUAUCGCCAAGCCCAAUGCUGGUCCAUUGUUCUGGUGUUCCUAUAGCUGGUUCUAGGGUACUAAAAAGUAAAGGAGAUGGAAAGCGUAAAAGAGAGGGCUCUUGUGCUGGGACAAAGGGGUUUCGAGCUCCUGAGGUCUUAUUCAGAUCCCUGCAUCAAGGGCCUCAGGUCGAUGUCUGGUCUGCUGGUGUUACCCUUCUCUAUCUAAUGGUUGGAAGAAGUCCUUUUACUGGAGACCCUGAACAGAAUAUAAAAGACAUUGCUAAAUUGAGAGGCAGUGAAGAUUUAUGGGAGGUGGCCAAAUUACAUGAUCGUGAAUCUGCAUUUCCAGGGGAGUUGUUCCACAUACGGUCCUUCCCAGCUAUGGAUUUGCAAAGCUGGGUCAAGGCUCACACAAGGCGACCAGAUUUUUUCAAGCUCAUCCCGAGAUCGCUUUUCGAUCUGGUGGAUAAGUGUCUGACAGUGAAUCCGAGGCUAAGGAUUACUGCAGAGGAAGCUCUGAAGCACGAGUUCUUCAACUCGUGCCACGAGAGCCUUCGGAAGCAGAGGAUGCUUCGGCGAGGCUCUAGUUUGAACUCCGCUAAUGGCACAGGCGAAGUCGUUCGAGGACAGUCAUUUGAGCUUCUAAGAUGAGUAUCAUUUGCUCCUUGUUUUGUAGCUGUAAAUUUGUUUGUGAUGAUCCUGGAUAUAGUAUGGUUUCAUGUCAUUAUGUUAUUAAAUUGUAACAAAGAAGAUAAUAUUUACAAAAGGUAAUAUGUAUAUAAACUUUUUGAAUGAGUUAAUCCCUCAGCAGCAAAGUCUCAUGUAAUUUUUUUAUGAA